UCGUGGGGAGCCCUGCCCGCCUGGUUCGGCCUCCCUGCGCACUUGAGUGAGCAAGUGAUAAUCAAGUUACUAUGAGUCUGCUAAACUGUGAAAACAGCUGUGGAUCCAGCCAGUCUGAAAGUGACUGCUGUGUGGCCAUGGCCAGCUCCUGUAGCGCUGCAACAAAAGAUGAUAGUGUGGGUGGAACUGCCAGCACGGGAAACCUCUCCAGCUCAUUUAUGGAGGACAUCCAGGGAUAUGAUGUAGAGUUUGACCCACCCCUGGAAAGCAAGUACGAAUGCCCCAUCUGCUUGAUGGCACUACGAGAAGCGGUGCAAACACCAUGCGGCCAUAGGUUCUGCAAAGCCUGCAUCAUAAAAUCAAUAAGGGAUGCAGGUCACAAAUGUCCAGUUGACAAUGAAAUACUGCUGGAAAAUCAACUAUUUCCAGACAAUUUUGCAAAACGUGAGAUUCUUUCUCUGAUGGUGAAGUGUCCAAAUGAAGGUUGUUUGCAUAAGAUGGAACUGAGGCAUCUUGAGGAUCAUCAAGCACAUUGUGAGUUUGCUCUUGUGGAUUGUCCCCAAUGCCAACGUCCCUUCCAAAAAUUCCAUAUUAAUAUUCACAUUCUGAAGGAUUGUCCAAGGAGACAGGUUUCUUGUGACAACUGUGCUGCAUUAGUGGCAUUUGAAGAUAAAGAGAUCCAUGACCAGAACUGUCCUUUGGCAAAUGUCAUCUGUGAAUACUGCAAUACUAUACUCAUCAGAGAACAGAUGCCUAAUCAUUAUGAUCUAGACUGCCCUACAGCUCCAAUUCCAUGCACAUUCAGUACUUUUGGUUGCCAUGAAAAGAUGCAGAGAAAUCACUUGGCACGCCACCUACAAGAGAACACCCAGUCACACAUGAGAAUGUUGGCCCAGGCUGUUCAUAGUUUGAGCCUUAUACCCGACUCUGGGUAUGUCUCAGAGGUCCGGAAUUUCCAGGAAACUAUCCACCAGUUAGAGGGUCGCCUUGUAAGACAAGACCAUCAAAUCCGGGAGCUGACUGCUAAAAUGGAAACUCAGAGUACGUAUGUAAGUGAGCUCAAACGAACCAUUCGAACCCUUGAGGACAAAGUUGCUGAAAUUGAAGCACAGCAGUGCAAUGGAAUUUACAUUUGGAAGAUUGGCAACUUUGGAAUGCAUUUGAAAUGUCAAGAAGAGGAGAAACCUGUUGUGAUUCAUAGCCCUGGGUUCUACACAGGCAAACCCGGGUACAAACUCUGCAUGCGCUUGCACCUUCAGUUACCGACUGCUCAGCGCUGUGCGAACUAUAUAUCCCUUUUUGUCCACACGAUGCAAGGAGAGUAUGACAGCCACCUCCCUUGGCCCUUCCAGGGUACAAUACGCCUUACAAUUCUUGAUCAGUCCGAAGCACCUGUAAGGCAAAACCAUGAAGAGAUAAUGGAUGCCAAACCAGACCUGCUUGCUUUCCAGCGACCCACAAUCCCACGGAACCCAAAAGGUUUUGGCUAUGUAACUUUCAUGCAUCUGGAAGCCCUAAGACAAAGAACUUUCAUUAAGGAUGACACAUUAUUAGUGCGCUGUGAGGUCUCCACCCGCUUUGACAUGGGUAGCCUUCGGAGGGAGGGUUUUCAGCCACGAAGUACUGAUUCAGGGGUGUAGCUGCCCUCACUUGUUCAAAAA